AUGAUGCAUGUAACUGAUGAAGAAACAGGCUCUGCUAUCACUGAUCCCCAGAGGCUCUCUCUAAUCAAGGAGCUUUUAUGCAAUGUGCUGGGAGGUGGCAACAAAGUCAGGGGAUCUAACAGUGUAGUGACUAAAGAAGUUAACCAUACUGAGAGAAGGUUUCACCAAAUGAUGUUUGUUGAUAGGGAUUAUGAGUAA